AGUGAAUUGGUUUUAACAGUUUUAUAUGUAACGAGAUGAAUUUUUUAAUAGAACAGACUGAUAUUUGUCGUUGCUGUUUAUCUUAUAUUGGUAUAGUAGAUUUAGAAAACCGUUAUGGAGUUUUGCCGGAGGCACUCAACACCAUAUUGUUAAAAUAUUUUGGUAUUACUCUGGCAUCACAACCUGGGCAUAGUUAUACAGUUUGUGAAGAAUGUGCUAAAAAAAUUGAAAAUAUUUACAAAUUUCAUGAGCAAGUGAAGUCAUCUGAGAGAAAAUAUAAUGAGCUAUGGCAGUUAUAUAACAAUAGAACAGAAAGCAAUGUCUUUGAUGAAAAUGACAGACAUAUAGAAAAUUGUAAUACUGAGGAUCCAGAUGAAGAUAUACCAAUAUCCAAACUACUAAAUUGUCUACCUCUUCAAAUGCCAAAGAAUUAUAAACAACUAUCAGAACACAAAAGAAUAAUCCUCACUUGUGAAAUCGUUUUAAAGGAAACCACAGCUUGCCCCUUUCGACAUCUAAAGAGCUGGUUUAGAUGCUUUUUCUGCUUAAAAGAUUUCAUGGAACUUAAAUUAUUAAGAGAACACACAAACGAAACUCAUACGAACAUAGAUAAUGAAUUAAAAAUGAUAAAGCGUUUCCCGCGCUCUCUUCAAAUUGACAUAUCGAAUCUCGAAUGCCGGAAGUGUCAUUUGAAUUUGGCGGAUGUGGAUUCCAUGCGCCGCCAUCUUAGCGAUGUUCACAAUAAAGUUAUCUAUGGCGAAUGUAUCGCCGAUUACAAAGUUGACUCUAGCCCUUACACUUGUCAUUUAUGUGAGAAGAAAUUUCACGUUUUCCGUUCCCUCACAACUCAUUUAAACGAACACUACGCUAACUGUAUUUGUGAUGUUUGCGGGAAAUCUUUUAUGAAUUCAAAAAGGUUAAAAGUGCACAAACGAACACAUGAACAUGGUUCUUAUCCGUGUUUCAAAUGCGGGAAAGUAUUAAAAACUCAAACGUCGAAAGCCAAUCAUAUGGAAAUGCAUUCUAAACGUAUUAUUAAAUGUCAUAUAUGCGAAAAACAAAUGAAACACUAUAAUGACAGAAUCAAACACAUGUCUGAAGUGCAUAAUAUAACACACAAUUUUGUAUGUCCGUUUUGUUCGCGGGUUUAUAAUAUCAAGCAUUAUUUAGCUACGCAUAUUCGCCAAACGCAUGGUAAUAAAAAUAAGAAAUGCACAGAAUGUAAUAUGGCGUUUAUAACGAAUCAUAGUUUGAAGAAGCAUAUGCUUAAACAUUCGGGCGAAAGACCCUAUACGUGUAAUAUAUGUUCUAAAGCUUAUACUAGGAAAUAUACAUUAAAAGAACACAUAAAGGAUCAUGAAGAGCUUAGUAAAUUUAAUCAAUAA